AUGGCGGAAAACGGAGGUAGAAAUUGCGCCCAGUGUCCAAAGGCUUGUGAAAAUUUCCUUGCUCUUUGUGCCAGUGACUAUUACAACGGUUGUUUGUUCCAUCGAAACAUCAAGGGGUUUAUGGUUCAAACAGGUGACCCCACGGGUACAGGAAAAGGUGGAAACAGCAUAUGGGGAGAUAAAUUUGAAGAUGAACUCUCAGACACCUUAAAACACAACGUAAGGGGCGUGGUAUCCAUGGCAAACAAUGGACCAGACUCGAAUGGAUCUCAGUUCUUCAUAACCUAUGCCAAACAGCCACAUUUGGAUUUGAAGUAUACAAUUUUUGGAAAGGUGAUUGAUGGAUUUGAGACCCUUGAUGAAAUAGAAAAACAACCAGUUAAUGAGAAAAACUAUCGUCCUUUAAAUGAAAUACAUCUACUGAAUGUUACAAUACAUGCAAAUCCAUUGGCAGGGUAGUUAGAAUAGAUACUUUUUUGGAACAAUUAAUGUCUUAUCAUGAACUUUCAUUUUGCUGAAUUAGUUUGACAAUAAGUGGCAGCUAGAUCUGAAGAAUAUACAUGUAUUACUGUUUCUAUUAAUAAAACUUUUAUAUCUUAGAAA